UGUAUUAAUUCAAAAUUAAUUAACCCCCUUUGCCUUGCGUAACACUUUAUUAAUUAACGAAUCAAAAAAAUGCAAAAGUUAAAGCAAAGCAGAUUCGGACUUCGAUUUUCCAAUUUUUUCCUUCCAACGCUUAGGGUUUUGCAGCUACACUUUCUGAAUUUUUGUUAAUUAGUACUAAUACGGUUAUUUUGUUUCUUGUUGGGUUGAUUUAAAGGUUUUGGGCCCUUCAGGGGUCAAGGAUGUGUUGAAUUGAAGUAUCAUCAUCCAAGGGUUGUUGGGUGGCCUUUUACUGAAUAGUGAGCUGUAUUUGGCAUAAUUGGGGAAUAACGGAACUCGACAUAGGAUACUAACGCCAGUAUAGCUUUAGAUUGUGGUCGUGUUAGGAGGUGCAUGAUGCUGUUUUCGUAGCCUAAUGCUUGUCUAGGUUCAUAUUUUUACUAGCGUACGUGUAGUUGUGUAUAAAGUAUGGAAAUAUAGAAUUUUAUAAUGGAAGAUUAUAGAGAAUCAGAGUUUCCACUUCUAAGCUGGAUCAGCAAAAAUCCUUCUGAGAUGGCAGAAUCCCCUCUGUUUAAUCUCUCUUGUUUCAUUGCUGGUUUAGUAGGAAUUUUAACUAUAUUUUACACAGCUUUCCAGUGGAGAAGGAACAUAAACGGUAGUUGGAUGAAAGCCAUAGCCAGGUCAAAGAAAAACCCGAAAACAAGGAAUAAGGUCCCUGCGGCUCCUCAUACUUGGGCUUUGGAAACCUUUUCUCGAGGGAAAAGUUUAAAUUGCUGUGUCUGUUUAAUGUCCAUUUCUCCUUCUCAGACUCUUGGCCCGAUUGUUGCUUCAGAAAGAUUUUUCAAUCGUUGCAGCAUAUGUGGUGCAGCAGCUCAUCUGAGUUGCUCACCGGGUGCUCAAAAGGAUUGUAAAUGUGUAUCUAUGUUUGGAUACCCACAUGUAGUACAUCAGUGGGCAGUGCGCUGGACAGAGGUAGCUGAUCAACCUGAUGAAUCUAAUUUCUGCAGCUACUGUGAAGAGCCAACUUCAUUCCUUGGUGGAUCCCCUAUAUGGUGUUGCUUUUGGUGUCAAUGCCUAGUUCAUGUUGAUUGUCAUGCCAAUAUGUUCAACGAAACAGGUGAUAUUUGUGACCUGGGUCCUUUCAGAAGGCUCAUUCUAUCUCCACUUUAUGUAAAAGAGUUUAACAAGGGUGGAUUGCUGAGUUCUAUCACACAAGGUGCCAAUGAGAUUGCUUCUUCAGUGCGUGCUAGCAUAAUAAGUAAAAGCAAGAAAUACAAACACAGUAAUGAUAAACAUGGGAGCGGGACCUCUGUGGAGACAAGCAAUGGUGAUGUUGUUGGGGACACAACUGCUGAAUGCAGUGCUGAUACUCAUCAAGUGAAUGGUAAUUGUGGAAUAGAUGAAAACUGCAAUAGUGUUGUAAAUAGAGAGGGUGUGGAUCAGCAGCAAGACAGCGGUGUGAAAAAGUUGAUAUCUAUACCCAGCUUCAAGAGGAGUUCAUCCAUUAAUCAGAAGGAUGAAUCUCAAUUAAUAGCGCAGAAAUAUGAAUUGACUGAUUUGCCUUCAGAUGCCAGGCCUCUGCUAGUCUUUUUAAACAAGAAAAGUGGAGCUCAACGAGGAGAUUCACUUAGGCAGCGGUUGAACCUUUUAUUAAACCCUCUUCAGGUUUUUGAGUUGAGCUCAACAGAAGGACCGGAAGUUGGUCUGCAUAUUUUCAAAAGGGUGCCGCACUUCCGGGUUCUUGUCUGCGGAGGUGAUGGAACUGUUGGCUGGGUUUUGGAUGCCAUAGAUAAACAAAACUAUGUUUCUCCUCCACCGGUGGCAAUACUCCCCGCCGGAACAGGAAACGAUUUGGCUCGAGUUCUUUCCUGGGGAGGUGGUUUAGGUUCAGUUGAGAGACAAGGUGGUCUUUGCACACUUUUGCAUGAUAUAGAGCAAGCAGCAGUAACUAUCCUUGAUCGAUGGAAAGUUUCUAUCUUAGACCAACAGGGCAAGUUGCUUCAGCCUCCAAAGUUCUUGAACAACUACCUUGGGGUUGGUUGUGAUGCAAAAGUUGCAUUGGAAAUCCAUAAUAUGAGGGAGGAAAACCCCGAAAAGUUCUACAAUCAGUUCAUGAACAAAGUUCUUUAUGCUAGAGAAGGUGCCAGGAGUAUGAUGGAUUGGACAUUUGCGGAUUUUCCAUGGCAAGUUAGGGUGGAGGUUGAUGGUGUUGAGAUUGAAGUUCCCGAGGAUGCAGAAGGUGUUCUUGUAGCUAAUAUUGGAAGCUACAUGGGUGGAGUAGACUUGUGGCAGAAUGAAGAUGAAAAUUAUGACAAUUUUGAUCCUCAAUCCAUGCACGAUAAGAUGCUGGAGGUUGUUAGCAUUUCUGGUACAUGGCAUCUUGGGAAGCUCCAGGUGGGGCUCUCCAAAGCUCGGAGGCUUGCACAGGGUCAAUUGAUCAAAAUUCAACUUUUUGCUGCAUUUCCUGUUCAAAUAGAUGGUGAACCUUGGUAUCAGCAACCCUGUGCAUUGACAAUAACACAUCAUGGACAGGCUUUCAUGCUGAAGAGAGCUGCAGAAGAACCUCUGGGUCAUGCGGCAGCAAUAAUUGCCGAUGUGCUGGAGAAUGCCGAAUCCAAUCAAGUGAUCGACGCUUCACAGAAGCGGGCACUUCUUCAAGAAAUGGCCAUCAGACUCUCUUAGACAUCAACACGCUUGAUUUGUUACUUUGUUGUUAAUCAAAGUUUUGUAUAGAAGUCGUCCCUCUUUGCCUUUUUUUUUUUUCCAGGUUGUGUCAUUUCACAUGUAAAAUAUGUGGAAAUUAGAAAUGCUUGUUUGUAUACGAAAGUAUAGCAUGCGUUAAGUGAAAAGGUGAAUGUUUUCACCAUUUUAUUUUUGUUUCCUCA